GAGAAUCCAAGCAUUCAGUCUCCUGUGCAAGAUCUAAGAAGGGUAAACCCAUCCAACAACAAGUACAGAUUUCCUCAGGAUUGCCCCAUGGAACCCAUGUAUACCCUUUCAGUUGUCUUCCUCCUCUCAGUCAACUCCUGGAUGAGCUCCUCCAUGCCAAAAUACGACGACCAACCCUCCUAGCCAUUUCCGCUAGCUCGCUCGCCCUUCUCCUCAUUCCCUCAGCCUCCUCUCUCCCAUGCAUCAUCCUCCCCACUGGCCCUCUCUAUCUCCUCCCCACCAUCGAUGGAAGUCUCAUCAAAACUGGUUACAAUCGAUGUCUCAUCUCCCCUCCGAGACGUCUUGUGAGGGCCCGGUCCAUUGACCGGCCCGCACACAGUUGGGCCAGGCCCAUUGGCUGUUGCGGUCUCUCCCCAGGGCCGAUGAAAGCCCCCAAUAGCUCAUCCGUUCCAGAAACCCCCUCCUCCCUGUUCUCUCCUUGCCCUUGGACCGGGAUGUUGCCAGAUCUGGGCACUCCGGCGGCCUGAUGUUCGCCGCCGACCUCGCUCAUGCAGGGUUCUAUCUCCGGUAUCCUCCGCCGGACUUUACCACCCGCGCCCCCUGUUCUCAAUAGCGAGCAAAUUUCAGCUCAAAAACUUUGCCAGCAAGAUAUAGGAUGGUACGAACUGGAACACGACAUAUCUGAUUUUAGGAUUGAUUGUUCUUGGAGCUUGGCUGCCUAGAGUAAAGAUUUCUUAGAAUGAGAAUGUUCUGAUGACGUUAUCAUGAUGAGAGGCUUCUUUAAGCUUUACCAACUCGGCCAUAGAUUUUCAUGGGUAGGCUUUGCUGCUGAAGUUGUUGGGAGUGUCAGUCAUGCUGGAGGAUUCUUCAAUAAGUAUAACGUGCUUCACACAUCAGCUUUAUGCUUCAGGAGGCAAUAUAAUCCAAGUCUUCAGCAUCUUUGUACUAGAACCCCAUAUGAAGUCCUGUGGGAAGGAUCCUCUAGUGCAACCCUGUUGAGGAAGCUUGAAAUUGCCUUGAAGGAUGAUAGUGUAAAUGAAGCAUGGGAAGCAUUCAGCAACUUUGAACGCCUGUAUGGUUUUCCUGAGCAGCACUUGGUGAGCAAAAUGAUUAUUUUACUGUCUUACUCAUCUAGCUGCCAUUGGCUUCAUAAAGCAUAUGACUUGGUGCUCGUUGUUCAAAAUGAGAAGCCCAAUCUUCUUCAUUAUGACCCUUUAACCAGACUAGCUCUUACCUUACUAAGAGCUCAAAUGCCAAUUCCUGCCUCCACAGUUCUAAGGAUCGUGUUGGGGAAUGGCAAGCUUCCUCCUAUAGAUAUAUGGUGCACCUUGUUUUUUCACCUAGUGAAGACACAAACUGGGUCCUAUCUUGCAAGCGACAUCUUGAUCGAUAUUUGUGAGUUUGUUUUGGAUCAUACUUCAGAUGCAAAAAGGUUUAAGAGCAUAAAUGCAAAUGCAGUAAAGCCUAAUAUUACAAUUUUCAACCUUGUCCUGAAUUCAUGUGCAGAGUUUGGAUCUACCUUAAUGGCUCAACAAAUAAUAGAACUGAUACCACGGGUAGGUGUUGUAGCUGAUGCAAAUACCGUUAUUAUCAUGGCCCGGAUUUAUGAGAUGAUUGGACAGCGUGAUGAGUUAAGGAAACUGAAAAAACACAUCGAUGGAGUUUCUUCUGUGAUAUUAAAUCGCCACUUUCGGCAGUUUUAUGAUUGUCUCUUGAGCUUGCACUUUAAAUAUAAUGAUAUUGAUGCUGCUGCAGAGCUUAUGUUGGACCUGUAUCAACGCCCAAAAUCUCUUCAGUCCCCCUGUGGGUUAUAUGGGAAAAGUAAUGGACCACAAACAUAUUGUAUGGUCCAGAUUGGGUCAGACAAUCUAAGGAUGGGAUAUAAAAUUAUGGUUGAACCCAAUCAGAUACAAAAUGAUUUUGUUGUUGAUGCACAAAGUUACUCGAAGCUUGUUCUCUUUACAGAUGGGAAGCUUGUUCCCAGCAAGAGGGCUCUUGCAAAGCUUAUAAAUUGCUAUGUAAAAGAAAGAAAGGUAGAUAAGCUGUCUAAUUUUUUUAUAAAUAUACAGAAGGAUGUAGAUUCAAAAGAAGCCAAUUUGUGCUUGGAUGUGAUGGAUGCUUGCAUUCAGCUGGGCUUAUUGGAUACUGCCCAUGACAUUCUUGAUAACAUGGAAGGUGCUGGAAUUCUGAUAGGGUCCAAGACAUACAUAUCACUUUUAAGAUCAUAUUGCAGAGAAAAUAUGCUGGAAGAAUCCAAAGUGCUACUAAAACAGAUGAGAAAAGUGGGUCUGUUUGUAAAUAUAUCUGACGAGCAAGCUUUAUUUCAAUGCGUGUCAGAAGAUGGUGCUGCCAAUCCUUGUGAUAAAAUAACUGCAUCUUCUGUUGGGAAAUCACAUUUGGUUGAGUAUUUAGACAGGGAACUCAGGGAGGAAUACUCAAAAUGUCACUUGAUUUAUGAAUUUAACAGUUCAAUUCAAUUCUUUUGCAAGGCCAAAAUGAUAGAAGAUGCUCUGAAGACAUUCAAAAGGAUGAAGCAAAGAAACAUCCAACCCACAGUGCAGACGUUCAGUCAUCUAGUAUAUGGUUAUUCUUUGUUAAAGAUGUAUCGCGAAAUUACGAUAUUGUGGGGAGAAAUUAGGAGGCGUCUGGAGGAUGGAGUUUUAGUUGUGGACAGAGACUUAUUUGAGCUUUUGCUCUGGAAUUUUCUUAAAGGGGGAUAUUUUGAGAGAGUAUUGGAGAUAAUUAAUUGUAUGAUAAAGCAGAAUAUGUAUAUAGAUAAGUGGAAGUAUAAAAGAGAGUUUCUGAAGCUCCACAAAAAUCUGUACAGGAGUCUAAAAGCAUCAAGUACAAGAACAGAUGCUCAGAGUAAGAGGCUUGAGCAUGUUCGAGCUUUUAGGCAAUGGGUUGGCAUUAAAUGAAAAUACAAGAAAAUAUGCCUUUAUUAUUCUUUAUGGACAUGCGCCGAGUUUCCUCAAGGACCAUUUUGCAAUGGAUCACGAGUCCAGGAAUGUUCCAGUGGAAAGACACUCCUAUGUUCUCCAUGGAUGAUAAAUUAUUGGCUGCACUUCAGCGCAUGUAAGGUUUUGUUAUAAUGUUGUUGCAGUUCUUACAACAUUCUCUUUUCAACCAGAUAUAUUGUUCGAUCUUCUGGGACCAGGCACAAUGAAAAUAUUGCAUGCUAUGUCACUGCUAGAGGAGCUCUAGUAAUUCUGGAUGUUUCAGUUUUGGCAUCCAGGAGCAUAUUGACCUUGGAUCAUGCAUGUCACUCAUCAUCCAUUAACAUUUACCUUUAAUGAAUUAAGUUAAUUAUGUCGAUGAAA